UGCGUAUUGUGCACUUAUGUAUUGUUGCCUGGUCCUGCCAUAUGUUGGUUCUGUCGCUCAAACAUUUAUGUUAAUGAUCGCAGUGCCCUCGUGUCACAGGAAGGUCUAUGGAACGAGUAUUGUACAUGCAUAGGAUAAACACGCGAGAACUUGUUGCUUGGGUAUUGGCUACACUGAAGUGGGCGUGUGCGACACAUUCUGAGAACAUGUGUUUUGAUUCAUCAGGAAGAAGCGUAGGGCAAUAUUGCCACGGAGUGUUGACAUUUGUGUUGUGUGUGCGUAUUGUGUUUUACACCAAUCUUGCCAAAGAUAUGUCUUGAUUCUCAGAUAAGUGUGCUAAUCUCAACAACAUGGCAAAGUUUGUGCCAGGAUCUGCAUCUUCUCCGACAGCUGAAGUGGAGCUCAGUCUGUCAUGCAGGGACCUUUUGGACACCGAUGUAUUCUCAAAAUCGGACCCAAUGUGUGUCACUUACCUGAAGACGUAUGAGACACAAGACUGGAUUGAAGUGGGACGAACUGAGAUGGUCAAGAAUACAUUAAACCCAGAUUUUGUACGAAAGGUACAUUUGACAUACAGAUUUGAGGAACAACAGUGGCUGAAGUUCGCUGUGUACGAUAUUGAUACAGAAUCACCCGACCUUGGAGAACAUGAUUUCUUAGGAGAAUGUGAAUGCACUCUAGGCCAGGUAGUAUCUGCUGGUCGCUUAGCUUUGCAGCUUCAUCGUCCAUCUUACACACGGGGACAGUUAAUAGUAUCUGUUGAAGAGCUUGCAACGUGUCGUGAUGAAGUAAUUUUACAGUUUUGUGGGCGUAAUCUAGAUCGUAAGGAUUGGUUUGGCAGCUCUGACCCCUUUCUGGAGUUCCAUAGAGUUGGAGAAAAUGGCAGUUAUCAUGUAGUCCACAGGACAGAAGUGAUAAAGUGGACAUUGAAUCCUAACUGGAAACCAUUUGUAAUGCCAGUUAGAACGUUGUGUGCUGCCGAUAUGGAUCGCUCAAUUAAAAUUGUGUGCUACGACUGGAACCGCAGUGGGAGCCACAGCCUGAUUGGUGAAUUCUGUACAACACUACGAGAACUCUCAAAUGGUCCAGGACCUGCCACUGUCUUCCACUGUAUACAUCCUCGCAAACAGGCAAAAAACCAGUCAUACCAACAUUCUGGAGAGGUGAGGCUUCUCCGUUAUGAAUACAAAAAAGUCUACUCUUUCCUUGAUUAUGUAAAAGAAGGAGGUACACAGCUGAAUUGCACUAUAGCCAUAGAUUUCACAGCUUCCAAUGGAGAUCCACAGAGUCCAGACUCUUUGCAUUAUAUAUCAUCAGUUGCACCAAACCAGUAUGAGCAGGCACUGACAGCUGUUGGAGAGAUAAUUCAAGAUUAUGACAGUGAUAAACUAUUUCCUGUGCUUGGUUUUGGUGCUCGUAUACCCCCUGAUGGAAGGGUCUCCCAUGAAUUCUUUGUAAAUAUGCUUCCCAGUCCAUUUUGCUCAGGAAUUGCAGGCGUUUUGGAAGCUUAUAAGAGUUGUAUUAGACAAAUUCAACUCUAUGGGCCAACAAACUUCAGCCCAGUUAUCAAUCAUGUUUCAAAAUUUGCAGAAACAUACUGUGAUGGCUCACAGUAUUUCAUACUGUUAAUAAUCACAGACGGGGUAAUCACAGACAUGUUUCAAACAAAAAAGGCAAUUAUCCAUGCUUCAUCUCUACCAAUGUCAAUCAUUAUUGUGGGUGUUGGGAAUGCCGAUUUCACAGCUAUGAACGAGUUGGAUGCUGAUACGGUUCCACUCAUGGUUAAUGGUGUUAAGGCUGAGAGAGACAUUGUGCAGUUUGUACCAUUUCGAAAUUUCCAAAGCAUAAGGAAUCCAACAUUGGCAAAAGCAUAUCUUGCAAAAGAAGUGUUAGCUGAAAUUCCUGACCAGGUAGUAGGUUUUAUGAAGUCUCGAAACAUAGCACCGAAGCCACGUCCUGCAAUUGGGAUUCCUACCGGUGAUGUUGGUUCUGUUGUGCAAUGACUGACCCUUGUUAACGUGCUCUUAAAGUUGUGCAGUCUUCUAUCACUUAGGAUAAGAAUAUCGUGAACAUUUCAUGGUAUUUGUGAAAUUUUUGUGAAUCCAUUGUCUGUGAUUGUAGAACUACAGAGAAAUAAUCAUUUCUUAGCUGAAAUUAUUGUCACUGAGCAUAAUCACAGUUUCUUUUAAAUUAAUAAAUUUAGUAUUACUUUCUAAUAAACUGUAUAAAUCAUUCCAGAUAGAGAUAUAGGUCACAAGUAUCUAAAUUAUUUAUGGAUUAAUAUGUCAUAAUAUUAGUAACAUCAAGAUUAGGUAUUUAAUAAAAUCAGAAAUAAUUUAUGAGGAAUAUGUAGAACUCCAAAGAAAUAUGUGCUGUAAUGAUUCUUACUAUUUAACACCAUGACUUCAAAUGUUUUGUAGAUACAAAAACAUAUUCUUUUGAGACUGCUACUGUUUUUAUACUCUUUGACUCUCUCUACUUGCUGCCUAGAGGACCAAAAUGUUACCCGAAGAAUGUAUUUAUAUAUUAUAUAUGAACUUAAUUCUGAGGUAAGUCAUUGUAAUGUCCAUUUAUAUAUGAUGCGCAUGUUUGGUAUUACUUUAAUAUUCCCGAUGUUCUGUACCAUUUUCAAGUUCUGCCAGAACUGAACAGAGUAUUGUGAUGUGCUUUUAGUAAAAUCUUAAAUGUUACAACUAGAACUGUGAGUGAAAAAUAACUACUUUCCAUUAUAUAGCCAAAAUAAGGCAGCCUUAGUUAUUUUUCUCUCGGUAGCAAAAUCUGCUUUGGUGGUACAAUGAUCCUGAAUCAUCAUGCACAAAUUCAAAUUCUAAUGAAACACUACUGCUAAUUUCAGUAGAUGUCCAGAAGUUCCUCUGUUCGUUUCUCUGAUAAACAUAACUGCCAGAUAAUGUGCCUUAUGGCAAGGCAUUCUAAUCAUGUUAACUUGAAAGCUGCACCAGGGCUUAUACAUUGCUUAUCUCCAUGAGCAAUUACGAACAGCAUGGCUAUAAAUUUGUAUUGUGUUUUUAUCAUGUUAUUGUUAUGAAAUGUUGUUCAUUUAUCUUUUAUCAUGCAGAUUUAUGAUUGCUUGUAUCUAAGGUACUCAGUGAGAAGUUGAUAUGUUUAGCUUAUUAUUGUACCUGCUCAGGUAAUGCACUAAAAUUUCUGAAGCACACUUAGAUGCUAUGCAUAUUAUCAAGGAAGUGCUGAGAAGAUGCAGUACCGCCAUAGAGGAAUAUUUCCCAGAUGGUUAGGAAAGGAACUGUGAAACUUGUAAGUCAGUUAAACUGUGUUUCAUUAUUAUUGCUAUUAUUAUUAUUAUUAUUAUUAAUGUGCCAUCAAUAAGUGUGCCUUGAAUGAAAAUUACUCUUCAUAAGCUGUACAAACGAACAGAUAUAAAGACAUAAGAAUCUGCUGAAAGUAAUAGGUAUGGGUAUGACUAUCUAUUGUUUAUUUAAUUUGUGGUUUCUUUUAUGGCAGAAAACGAUAAAAGAAAAAGUGCCAUAAGAAGAAGUAUAACAUACAAAAGAAAUGUGACAAAGUAUACCAAAGUGUUGUUUAGUUAAUUUUAGCUUUUCAUUGUAAAUUAUGCACCCACAAAGUUAAAUUUCACAGCAAACAGUGCCUGUACAUUGUGAAGUAAAUGGUUGUGUUUAUAACAUAUUUUGUGUGUUUACAUUUGUCUAACUGAUGCUGGUUGUACUAGAUGUGCUGUUUACACACAACAACAGCCGAGAAAAAACACCAAUAGGCUGUUUAUUAUUUGUAGUGUGAGAUGUUAUUGCUGAAAAAUGAAGUGAAUUAUUGAAUGACAGAGUGAAAUACUCUGAAAUGUUCACUACCUCUUUCUUGUUAUGAGGGAUGGUGUUAUUAUGAUUAUUAUUAUUAUUAUUAUUAUUAUUAUUAUUAUUAUUAUUUGAUGGGAACUGUACAGAUACAGCUGCUCAAACAUAAUGAAACUGGAGCUAUUGUUGUGCUGUAGCAGUUCUUUUUUUGUGUUAUUGAGUUAUUAAUAAUAUUAUUUUCUCUAUCUCCCCUCCUCACCGUUUUCUUGCAUAACAUACAUCACAGGAGAUCCAAUCAAUUUCAUAAAUCAAUUUAAUUAUUUAUGCAAGGAUAGAUCACCACUCACUACAUAAAUGGCACUCAGUGGCAAAUGGGGCAUGUAGAAAGGACAAUAAAUGAUGAGCUUUUGGAUAAAGUAAUUUUUUAGAAGUUACUAGGUUGAGAGGCAGACUUUUCUAGAAAUAUAUUGACCUUUCUAAAUGCUUGUCUUUUGCUCAGUGCCUCUUCUUUUCAGAAAGUAUUGAUAUAUUCUCAUAUCCAUAAUUAUACUCCAUCUUGAGUUUCCUACUAUCUCUAAUGAAACUGGACUUCCCAUCAGUAAAGGCUGUGUGACUGUAUUAUUGCUUUUAUAGGUGAAAGAGAGAACAGAUUCUUGCUUUUCGAGGAGGAAACUAUCAUUAAAAAGUAUCAUAUGGCAAGCUGUAUCUUUGUGAAACAGUGAAAAAUGUAUUUAUUUGUGUGUCAUUCAAACACAAAUACACUGUUUCUCACUCUAGUAGUAAGGUCAAUUUGAUGUCUUAAUAUUAGAGCAUAACCUAGGUAUGCACAUUACAUUAAUACUUGUUCUGUGGAUCAUAUUCUGUUUCACCUGCUUCAUUUACUGCAUUUUUAUAUUUUCUCCUUCCAUCAGUUAAAUUCACUAUCUCUUGUGUUACCCAAGGACUUCUACUAGCCCUCAUCUUUUUACUUACUUGAUCCUCUGCUGUUUUCAGUUUCCUACCUCUCAAAGCUACCCAUUCUUCUUCUACUGUAUUCCUGUGGCCUGUUCUUGUCCGUCAUUUCCUAAUGCUCCCUGUGAAACUCACUAAAACCACUGGUUCUUUCAGUUUAUCCAUGUCCCAUUUUCUUAAAUUCCUUCGUUUUUACAGUUUCUUCAGUUUCAAUCUACAUUUCAGAACCAGUAGAUUGUGGUCAGAGUCCACAUCUGCCCCUAGAAAUGUCUUACAAUUUAAAACCUGGUUCCUAAAUGUCUGUCUAACCAUUAUAUAAUCAAUCUGAAACUUUCUGGUGUCUCCAGAUCUCUUUCACAUCUUCUCUCAUGGUUCUUAAACCAAGUGUUAGCUAUGAUUAAGUUAUACUCUCUGCAAAAUUCUACCAGGUGGCUUCCUCUUUCAUUCCUUCCUGCAGUCCAUAUUUACUUACGAUAUUUCCUUCUCUUCCUUUUCCUACUGUCGAAUUCCAGUCCCCCAUGACUAUUAAAUUUUCAUCUCCCUCAAGUGUCGGAAUAAUUUCUUGUAUCUCAUCACACAUUUCUUCAAUCUCUUUCAGCUGCAGAGCUAGUUGGCAUAUAAACUUGUACUUCUGUGGUGGGUGUGGGCUUCAUGUCUGUCUUAGCUACAAUAAUGUCCUAUUUGAUUGCGUAUUUAUAACCCUAUAUUCACCUGACCAGAAGUUCUGUUCCUCCUGCUGCCGGACAUCACCAAUUCCCUCUAUAUCUAACUUU